CUUUAUCAGACACCUUCGAACUAUAUAAAAUGCCCCAACAUCUCGUGUCCCCGGAAGAGUUCCUCACCAAACUCGGCCAAUGUUUCUCUGACCCGUCUUCGUCAAGUUCCGUUUGGCUCACUCACAAGAGGUUAACAUACUCGGAUGAUGCGGAUGUGCAGAUGAACGACGAAGAAAGAGAGAACAACAGUGAAGGACCGGAACACGAGGUGCUGAUAAGGUGUACUCAAGGAAACAACAAGUUUUCCGCUCGAAUUCCCGCCUCAUCCCUCCCGUCAUUCCACGCCGCCUAUGGUUCCCUUCUCAAAACAUCCAUGGCACCCCUCAUGCGAAAACGAGACAAGAAAAAGGAGAAGGCUCGGGCGGAAGCAUUGACAAAGAAGAGGAAGGAGCUUUAUGUCGAGGUUGUGAUUGGGAAUGAGGGAAAGAGGGGUAAGGGGAGAAGACAAAGGCAAAGAAAGAUUGCGGCGCAGAAGAAGAAAGAGACCGAAAGGGAAAAGCUGGAAAUUAGGCAAGCUCAGCAAAAGGCUAGUGGGGAUCUAUAGAAGUAUCUAUGCACCGUGAUUCAAU